UCUUCUGCUUAGUAAUGCAGCAGUGCAGUGUAGUGUGGUAGUUAAUUAGGGAGCGGGUACAAUGGUGAAGGGCUCUGGUUCUGUGGGACUCACACACCAGUGUGUGCCUAUAUGGAUUUUAUUUUUCUGCCACAUGAUUUCAGCUGAAGUUUUGAAAAGCAGUAUCUAUUUCACGGAGGACAAAUGGAAAACACAAAUUGUGCAAGCUCCUGCACUGACCAAUGGGACUGAAUUCAGCUGGGAGUGGAAGCCACACCACGGUGGGCAGAAUAGCACGCAGCUAGCGACAGUGACAAUGCCUUCACAACGGUUUUCAUGGAAACGGGCAUGUGCAUUUUGGAAAGAGGCUCCUUUUGAUCUUGGCAUGUACAAAGUAUUCCUGAAUGCCGGGGUUUUCUCUUUCAAACAAACAAAACCAGCGGUGGCUCUGCUUGCGCGAUUUGAGGUCUUUGCAGUGAGACUCAGCCCAUUUCCAGAAGUCCAAGUGGGCCUUGAUGUGAGCAGUAGAUGUGAGAUCUCCCGUCUUCCAAAGUCUGUCAUACUGCAGUGGGAGAGGAAAGGAGAUCCCAGAGUGAACACCACGCGGCUCUACAACAACAGCGCUUACAUCAUCAUCCACAACGCCAAUCUGCAGUGCAAUGGGGAGUACACCUGCUCUGUGAGGAAGGACAAUGGAAGGCUUAUAGUUCAUGCUAUCAGCACAUUAAGAGUCACUAAAUACACAUACGGAAAACACAGCACUCUCUACAGAAGUAGCUACAACAGCAAUGAAGUAGAGCUGACCUGUCAGAGCACGAGAGAAUACCAGACAGCCAAGUGGUCAUGGGAACAACCUGCAAAGGCACUGGAAACACUGGCUUCAGCUGACAAGGACAAGUCUGUUCAAAUCGAGCGGAAGACUGAUCGACGCAGGUUCUCGUUUUCAGCUUUCAAUGGAAAGCACUUCUCCCUGCGCAUUGCUCCAGUGAUGUUUGAAGACAGUGGGCUAUACACCUGUCAUUUUGAACAUUACAAUUUUGCACAGGUGACUCUGUUUCUCACCCCUGUGGUUGACUGGUUCUCAGUCUCAGUGGAACCCCCUGGUGGCGUGUUCAGGCAUGAGCCAGCGGUGCUGACCUGCGAGGUCUCGGAUGUGACUGAGAGGCUGACCCUGGUCUGGCUGAGGAUGGAGGGGCACAGAGGUGUUCUGGUCAAACAGGAGGUCCUGGAGAUGAGCGAAUCUGUGGGCAGCCUGAGUCUGACCCUGCCUGGGCUGACUGGAGAUCAGCUGCACUGGGAGUGUGCCGUCUUCACAGAGAGCAUGCUCAGAGCACGGGCCCCUGUGCACCUCACUCUGCAAGCAGGGAACAUGGCCUUGAUCGUGGCGGUGUGUGUUGGUGUCGCGAUGCUGACCAGUGCACUGCUGCUUUUUUACUACAGGAGGAGAACAGCUGCAGCUCUGGGUGCUUCACCAGGAACAGGGAACGACACCAGCAUCCCAUUGGAUGCCAUCUCCUCUGAAGUCACAGACCUACUGGAUAAGGGAGAUAAAGCAGUUGGAACAGAGGUCCUGUAUUCCUCAGUUAUACUGGGAGUUCCCAGCUCAGAUCAGAGGAAAAGGUUCCCUGCAACAGCCUCUGAAAGACAGAGUGAAAAUGUGGUGUAUUCAGUCUUCAACAUAACAUAAGGCCCGAGUCUGCCUUCCCCAUUUCAACAGUUCAAAGACCGGACUGUAUCUCAGUCUUCAGCGUUCUAUUACACUUGUAAAUAUUUCAUAAAUGUUAUAAUCCAAUUAAAAAAGUGUAAAAUGUUUCAUUUGUGAAUGUAUAUUUUCAGUGAAAUGUGUAAUAGUGUAAUACGUCCUCUGUAAAUACUGUAUACAAGUAAUUCUUUUUUCCAAAGUAUUACAUUUUUUCAAUGGAUUUUAAACAUAUAUUCACCUUUUUUAUUAAUUUCAUACAAAGUGUAACUUAAUAAACUAAUAAAGUGACAUCCAAAAUA